CUCCCAAUUCCCCUCUCCAUCCCUUCAUUCCUCCCAUAACCGCCAUCAUGUCCGCUCCCGCACACAAGUUCAAGGUCGCUGACAUCAGUCUCGCGGCCUUCGGUCGCCGUGAGAUUGAGCUCGCCGAGAACGAGAUGCCCGGUCUCAUGGCCACGCGCGAGAAGUACGCCGCAGACCAGCCGCUGAAGGGCGCCCGCAUUGCCGGCUGCCUGCACAUGACCAUCCAGACCGCCGUGCUCAUCGAGACGCUCAAGUCCCUCGGCGCUGAGCUGACCUGGACGUCGUGCAACAUCUUCUCCACCCAGGACCACGCCGCUGCCGCCAUUGCCGCCGCCGGCGUGCCCGUCUUUGCGUGGAAGGGCGAGACCGAGGAGGAGUACGAGUGGUGCCUCGAGCAGCAGCUCACUGCCUUCAAGGACGGCCAGACGCUCAACUUGAUCCUCGACGACGGCGGUGACCUCACUGCCCUUGUCCACAAGAAGUACCCCGAGAUGCUCAAGGACUGCUACGGCGUGUCCGAGGAGACCACCACCGGCGUGCACCACCUCUACCGCAUGCUCAAGGGCAAGGGCCUCCUCGUCCCCGCCAUCAACGUCAACGACUCCGUCACCAAGUCCAAGUUCGACAACCUGUACGGCUGCCGUGAGUCGCUCGUCGACGGCAUCAAGCGUGCCACCGAUGUCAUGAUUGCCGGCAAGGUCGCCGUCGUCGCUGGUUUCGGUGACGUCGGCAAGGGCUGUGCCCAGGCUCUCCACAGCAUGGGUGCCCGCGUCAUCGUCACUGAGAUCGACCCCAUCAACGCUCUCCAGGCUGCCGUCUCUGGCUUCCAGGUCACCACCAUGGAGAAGGCCGCGUCCCAGGGCCAGAUCUUCGUCACCACCACCGGCUGCCGUGACAUCCUGACUGGCGUCCACUUCGAGGCUAUGCCCAACGACGCCAUUGUCUGCAACAUCGGUCACUUCGAUAUCGAAAUCGACGUUGCGUGGCUCAAGAAGAACGCCAAGUCCGUCUCCAACAUCAAGCCCCAGGUCGACCGCUACCUCAUGCCCAGCGGCCGCCACAUCAUCCUCCUCGCCGAGGGUCGUCUCGUCAACUUGGGCUGUGCCACUGGUCACUCCUCCUUUGUCAUGUCCUGCUCUUUCACCAACCAGGUCCUUGCCCAGAUCAUGCUGUACAAGGCCUCGGACGAGGCGUUUGGCAACAAGUACAUCGAGUUCGGCAAGACCGGCAAGCUCGACGUCGGCGUCUACGUCCUGCCCAAGAUCCUCGACGAGCAGGUCGCCCUCCUCCACCUCGACCACGUCAACGUCGAGCUCUCCAAGCUCAGCGACGUGCAGGCCGAGUACCUCGGCCUCCCCGUCGAAGGUCCCUUCAAGAGCGACAUCUACCCGUUACUAGAGAACUUGUUUAUAAUAUAUCAUGCAUAAGGCGCGGGGAAGUUUCAACACGACGUUAUGAAUCUGGGAUGAUACCCUACUGAAAAGUUGUUUGUCUUCAACGGCAUAGCUUCGAGUCUGGGACUCGGAGGGUUUAUAUUGGUUCAAAAAGGCGUUGUUCUUGCACACAUCAUCUUGCUUGACCCUUCAACCAUGGUCAGGCAUACGGAUGAUACCCAAAUGUUACGAGGGAGGUAGACAGACGCCUUAAAAGAGGCAGUUUAGUAGUUAGUAGUAGUGGUCCGCCAUCAACAAGGACUCGAGAAUCAACAAGUUGUGGGCAUGAGCUCGCGUUGACUCUCA